AUGGUAGCGUUCCACGUAACCAUGCUGUGCAGUGACAAUGGAAAUAUGACACACUCCGUAGCUGACAAAGAACAGCAAAACAAGAACUCAAUUUUACUGUGGGCCGUGUCAAUAGGAAGCAUCGUAGCUACGGUUCCAUUCAACUUGUUGUACGGUCGUUUCGGCGCUAGAUGGGUUUUCUUUGGCGCUGGUAAGUUACACAAAAUAUGCAGCCUUAAAGUGCUUCCCAAUGGAUAUAGAAGGUAUUUUUACUGUCUCUAAAUACCUCGGCUAUGACCAAGAUAGUGCUCACCUUGAUAAUACACUUUUGUCCAGCGACAUAUUUACUUGUCGGGAAAAUAAUGUGGAUUCAUCGCGCCUGGUAAUCACGCAUCAUUACAUUGCUAGGGCUCGCCGCCGCUGGAGAUUUGGUACGCGACUGCGACGUGAAACUUUGCUGCGACAAAUCCACACAUUUUUACAGACAGACUGACAGUUUUUGCCAUCGAACCCUCUGUUUCAUGGGCCCGGGCGCCCUAAGCAACAGCCAAUACAUUAUACACAAAUUUUCAGGUGUAAUCUCGUUCGUCAGCACAGCCCUAGUCCCAGCCUCCGCGGACCUCAGUUUUUACACAUUCAUUAUCAUUCGGUUUUUCCAGGUAAAAUAAACUUUUGGUUUUAGAAAACCCAAGAUAAUUAUGCCUUAUUUUAAAACCAAGAUAACUGUGCGUAUUUUAAAACUAGUCUUAUAGGGUGUGGCAUUCGGAUCCAGUUUCUCGGCCGUUGGAAUGGUCUGCUCUCGUUGGGCCGCUCUGGAUGAAAAUGGAUUCUUCCUCUCGGCAAUGACAAUUUUCUGUCAAAUUUCGGUCAUCCUUACAAAUCCGGUCGCAGGUUGGGUAAGAGGAACAUUUCAUUUUUUUGUAAUUUAAAUCUCAAUCUGUCGGGAAAAUAAUGUGGAUUUGUCGCAGCAGAAUAUCUUGUCGCAGUAGCACACCAAAUCCAAAUUAUUUUCCGAGAGAUACAAGUCUGAUUAUAAAGUCGUUGGAUUGAUUUCGGCGACAUGCACUGUAUGUCGUCGAAAUCGCUCUAACUCACAUUAUGGCACAAUAUUUCAGCUCUGCGUCUCGCCGCUUGGCUGGCGCUCAGUUUAUUACUUCCACGCGGCCGUUGACCCCAUUCUUUUUGGUCUUUGGAUAUGGCUCUACACCGACUACCCAGAACACCAUAAGAAGGUUAAUGAUGGUGAAAAGAAAAUAAUCAUGGCUGGAAAGAAUAGUGGGGAGAGGAAAUUGGAUGGCUUUUUGCCUUAUAAAGUAAAUUUCGACAAAGAAGCUUUAGAGCUCUAAAUUUAGGAAAUUUUCACUAACAAGGUCGUUCUCGUUGUGUGGUUCAACGCUAUCGCCAGCAUUAUUUCGGCCAUCUUCUUGCUGACUUAUUUCCCAACCUACCUCAAAGACGUGCUUGGUUACCCGUUGGAAACGGCGGCCGUUUUGAGCAUGUUCCCAGCGCUGUCUCAUGUCCCAGCAAAACUGGUUUUUGGCUGGGUUUUCGAUAAGCUACGGUCAGAUUUACACAAUCAUUACCCAGUUACUAUUUGCUUUCUUAUCUAGCCAUCUAACUGAGAGUAAGCCCAAAUCGUUUCAGCUGCAUCAGCGAAGUGAAUAAGAUGAGAAUAUGCAACACAAUCGCUCUAAAAUUCUCUGGAAUUCUCUUUAUUGUCGCUGGAUUUAUCCCCAAUUCCAUGGCUGGUUGGUCCGUGGCGUGUACCACUUUGAACUACGCGUUUAUCGGAGCAAAUUGCGCUGGGUUCUAUAAAUGCGGGUCUUUGGUGUCUAGGUAAGUUAUCAUUAACACCUAAUAUCACAUUUUACCCCCAUCAAUGCUCACAUUUCAGGCAAUACUCGCACUUUGUCAUCGCAAAUAUUCAAUUUCUCAAGUGUGUAUCCUUCUUUGUCUCUCCCUUGCUGGUAUACUUGUUUGUUUCGGAUCAAUCAAGCCGCGAUCAAUGGAGAAUAAUCUACUUUAUCAUGGCUGCCUUUCUGAUCAUCGGGAACACGCUAUUUUUAAUCGUUGUGACCGAUCAGCCAGCAGAAUUCACAAAGAUCAAGAAGCCGAAUUCUAAAGCCGAAUUUGACGAGAAGAAUGAGAAAUUAAUCGAAGGUGGGGCAGAUUCACCAUGA